CGCCGGCCCGCACGCUCGUCCGCCCGGCCUCCCGCCCGCGCCAUGGGGCGGUGAUGCUGCGGGGGCCCGGCCGGCCGAAGGCAAGAUGCUCAGCCGCCUGAUGAGCGGCAGCAGCAGGAGCCUGGAGCGCGAGUACAGCUGCACCGUGCGCCUGCUGGACGACAGCGAGUACACCUGCACCAUCCAGAGAGAUGCCAAGGGCCAGUACCUGUUUGACCUUCUCUGUCACCACCUGAACCUGUUGGAGAAAGACUAUUUUGGAAUUCGCUUUGUGGAUCCGGACAAGCAGCGGCACUGGCUGGAGUUCACCAAGUCCGUGGUGAAGCAGAUCCGCUCCCAGCCGCCAUUCACCAUGUGUUUCCGGGUGAAGUUUUACCCCGCAGACCCUGCGGCUCUCAAAGAGGAAAUCACCAGGUAUUUAGUCUUCCUGCAGAUCAAAAGAGAUCUCUACCACGGCCGCCUCCUCUGUAAGACGUCCGACGCAGCCCUGCUCGCAGCCUAUAUCCUUCAAGCCGAGAUCGGGGACUACGACCCCGGGAAGCACCCGGAAGGCUACAGCUCCAAGUUCCAGUUUUUCCCCAAGCACUCGGAGAAGCUGGAGAAGAAGAUCGCGGAACUGCACAAGACGGACCUCAGCGGUCAGUCACCUGCCACAUCCGAGUUAAACUUUCUGAGAAAAGCUCAGACGCUGGAGACGUACGGCGUGGACCCGCAUCCAUGUAAGGACGUGUCGGGGAACGCCGCCUUCCUAGCCUUCACUCCCUUCGGCUUUGUGGUCCUGCAGGGAAACAAGCGCGUCCACUUCAUCAAGUGGAAUGAGGUGACCAAGCUGAAAUUUGAAGGAAAGACUUUCUACUUAUAUGUAAGUCAAAAAGAGGAAAAGAAAAUCGUUCUCACCUACUUUGCUCCAACCCCAGAAGCCUGCAAGCACCUGUGGAAGUGUGGAAUCGAAAACCAGGCUUUCUACAAGUUGGAGAAGUCCAGUCAGGUGCGCACGGUGUCCAGCAGCAAUCUGUUCUUCAAGGGCAGUCGCUUCCGGUACAGCGGCCGAGUGGCCAAGGAAGUGAUGGAGUCCAGCGCCAAGAUCAAGAGAGAGCCCCCGGAAAUCCACAGGGCCGGGCUGGUGCCCAGCAGGAGCUGCCCGUCCAUCACCCACGGUCCACGGCUCAGCAGCGUCCCCAGGACCCGCCGGAGAGCCGUCCACAUCUCCAUCAUGGAAGGACUGGAGUCCCUGCGGGACAGCGCCCACUCGACUCCCGUGCGCUCCACCUCGCACGGCGACGCCUUCCCGGCCCCCGGGCGCAGCGGGCGCGCCGACAGCAGCGAGCGGGUGGCGGUCAUCGCCGACGAGGCCUACAGCCCCGCGGACAGCGUGCUGCCCACCCCCGUGACGGCCGAGCACAGCCUGGAGCUCAUGCUGCUCGCCCGGCAGGUCAACGGCACCCCCUGCAGCAUCGAGGAGGAGAAGGAGUCGGAGGCCGGGACCCCGACGGGGGGCCCCAGGGCUCUGUGCCCGGGGCCCGGCGGGCCGGCCGCGGCGGCGGACCAGGUGAAUGAGCUGGUUUUAAGCGUCCUCCGGUUAGUCCUCGGGACCGUGGGGCUCCUGGUCGUGCUGCUGCUCCUCCUGAUCGUCCUUACCGAGUCCGACCUCGACGUGGCCUUUUUCCGGGACAUCCGCCAGACCCCCGAGUUCGAGCAGUUCCAUCACCAAUACUUUUGUCCCCUCAGGCGAUGGUUGGCCUGCAAAAUCCGCUCGGUGGUCGGCCCGCUCAUUGACACCUGAGACGACGGGCGGCUCCCGCUGACCGGCCGGGCCGAGGAGCCGGCCCCGGUGCCGCCGCCGGUCCCGCGGCGCCCGGGCGGGACUCGGGUCGCCGCGGGGGCCGCUCCCCGGCACCUCGUUCCCCGCCGCCGGUCCGUCCCCGCCCUUCUCCCGUCGCCGCGGGCCCGCCGCCGGACCUCCGGUUGGUUCGCGGCGGGCGGCGCGGGGCCCACCGUGGGGCGUGCCGCUCCCGGGCCCACCGGGAGGCUGCGUCCGGGCGCCCCGGCCUCGGGCUACGAGCUCUUGUGCCGGGGGUGGCGAGUCUAGUCGGCUGGACCCGCUCCCUUGGCUGCCCACGCAAGGGUCACGUUUGAGGUCACAGUGGGAGUUGGGGGCGGGGGACGAUGGCACACUCCCACCCCGGACCUUCUACCUGGACCCGGUUCUCGUUCUUUUUAACCUCUCCCCUACCUGCGCGAUGGUCCGGCCGCCCCCACGAGGGCGAGCGGCUGGCUACAGAACGGGGUUCGGCGACUCGGGGUUUUAAACCUUUUGCAGUGAGCAGCCAAGUCCAGACGCUCCAAAGGUUCUGGGAUCGAAAGGUCCUGGAGCGGAAGCCCCCGGCCCUACUGCUUCACAUUUCAGAAUGAAACGCAGGGCCCCAAGCUGUCACCGGGGUGACCACCACAAGAGCACCCCUGUCCCAGCACACCAGCCGCCUCCCCUUCCCGGCCCCAACUCCCCACCUGUGAGCGACCCUCCCCAGGCUGCCCCUGAGGCCAGGUCACUACUAGGGGGAGGACGGAGGAGAGCAGAGGCACAGGCAGCCACUUGCCCUUGAAACCCGCUCCCACCGUUCACCCACCCCCACCCCAGAAGCGAGGGGGGUCGCAGCCAGGGUAGCCCGGCUUCCGGGGGGGGUGGUCUUUGACAGCCCCCAGAAACCACCAAGGGAUACCCCAGACCUCUGCCGGCCGAUACGGCGAGGAGGGGGAGAGGAGGCUUCCCCGAGUCAGCGGCAGCCGUCUCCAACCGCGCCGGGGGCCACCUUUCCCCACCCCGCGUCAGCGUGCAUCCCCCGCCGGGAGGGAGGCCCCGGACCCGGGCCCUCGGCCAGGAGCCGCGGGGCCGCUGUCCACACGGGCCGAUCUCGGUCAUAUGCAACCAACGGUUCACUUGAUGUCGUGUUCCUACCUCAGUCUGGAGUCCCCGUGUCCCGCGCAGCGAGCGCCCGCCGUCCCAUCCCUCUCCCUUCCGAGCCAGAAGCAGGCGGGGAAAGAGGGGGACGGAUCGCCCGGCCUCAUUCAGCCCUGAAACCCCGGCCCAGGGUGGCGCUCCCUGGGCUCGCUUCGGGAGGAGCCGGUCCGUGGUGGGUACAGGCGCCCUCCCCGGCCCCCGCCACCCUCUCUCUCUCCCCCCGCUCCCCCACCAACCCGGCCUCUCGGGGGCCGCGGGGCUGACGCUUGUGACGGUGUCCGUGUCGCUGUCUGUUCCUCGGCGUCUCCCGCCUCCCUCGUCCGUCCGUGUCAUUAGAAGAGAAGCGGCGGUUUCCGCCCUUCCUCCGCCUAGCCGCGGAAACCGCUCGAGCGCCGCCCCCGCCGGCCGCGUCUUUAAGCAGUAGAGGUUAAACUACCUGCAAAUGUGAAUUUCUUAGUUUCAUAAAAAUAGAACUUAACCUUUCAUGUGCCAAAUACCGUAAGUUACAUUUCCCUUCAAAGCAAUGUACCUUUUUCUACAUAUGCAGUAUGUAGUUAACAUAAAAUCAUUGGUGCCAUGAAGACUAUUUUUAAACUGAAAUACAUCUGAACGAUACCCGGA